GCGCGUGCUGCGCUCUCCCGGCUCCUGACGCGGGACAUCGCGAGUUCGUACACGACAGAAACAAAACGUAACGUUGUGAUUUAAUAGUGAAUUCUCUUCCCUCCGUCUUAACCGACAUCGGUUUUAUAAUAAAAAAAUUAUUUAUAGAUCGUUCGUUAAAGUUGAAUCGUAUAUGCUUUCCUAUCGUAGUGGCCUUGCACGUUAUCUCGCACCGACGAAAGCUUACUGUCACGUUUUGAUAGUUGUGAUUGUUCUAUUUAUGUAAAAAAAAAAAGUUUUCAAAAGAUUAUAAAUUGUUAAUUGUUGUGUGUUGUUAGAAAAGUUAUAUAUAACGCAACGAUGUGCCUUAUUCAGUAAUAUAACAUUUGUUACUCCGCUCGUAUAUCCGACGUUAAGUGCGUGUGAGACUGAGUCAGAGCCAAAAAUGAAGUGUUGUAAAUUCCUUGUGUUUUUGGUGUUUCUGCUGUUACCAGAACCAGCACCCGCCUGGAGACCUGAUACGGUAAAAGAAUGGGCAAGAACGUUGGGCGACGAGCUGUGGCGGCUAAGCGAAUCAUUGACAAACUCAGACCAGAUUAGAAUUAAAUAUAAGCAAAUGAAUGCCAGUGUGAAGAAAAAAGAUGGUAAACAAAUUUUGGAGUCCUCUUUGCGAUCUGUAAGCACGAUGCUUACAAGAAAAAUUAAUGCUGUGAAGUGCAUUCAUGCGACGGCGGAGCGCCUAGCGUCGGAAUUCAAUUACACGAUGAUAAAAGACAAAGAGAAUUUGGAUUUUGAAUAUUGUUCAGCGAAGUAUUCCGAUUUUUACUACGAGGAUGGUACGAAACUAGAGAGGAAGUUCGAUGUGCCUAAAUUCGCAAAGAACAGUACACAUUACACUAGCAACACCUUGGAAAAGGAUUCACAUUUUUAUGACAUCAGCGUCAAUACUAGUAUAAGCUGUAUCCAUGUUCCAACAAAUAUAUUUUAUCAAGAGGAUGAUGCACUCGCUGCUAUAUUGUGGUCAGAGAAGCUGACGGAAGUUUUUACAAAUAACUACAAAUCCGAUCCAUCAUUGGUUUGGCAAUACUUUGGGAGCGCGCACGGCGUACUUCGCUUCUAUCCCGGAAUGCCCUGGAAUAUCAACGAAAUAGACACAUAUGAUUGCAGGGUCAAGUCUUGGUACAUCGAAGCAGCAACGUGUUCAAAGGAUGUCAUCAUUUUGUUCGAUGUGUCUGGGUCUAUGACGGGUUUUAAAAAUUACGUAGCAAGAAUAACUCUCAGUUCACUGUUGAAGACUCUGUCUAACAAUGAUUACGUAAAUGUAUACACGUUUAAUGCGACCACCAAAGAAACUGUCAAAUGUUUUAAAGGCCUCGUUCAGGCUACACCGGAGAAUAUAAAUACUAUAAUCAACGCCCUGGAACCGAAGGCAAAUGGAAAACAUAAAGUUGGUUUGGAAGGAAAUGCUAAUCUAACUACGGCUUAUAUCGCCGCUUUUACGACACUUAAAGAAAGGAGGACAAAGUGCAACGUGAGCAGCACUCAGGGUUGUAACCAAUUGGUGAUGCUUAUAACGGACUACGUGCCGGGAAAUUUGACGGAAGUCUUUGAAGAAUAUAACAGAGAAACUGUCGGUAACAACACAUAUAUACCGGUGAGGGUAUUCACUUACCUCAUUGGUAAGGAGGUCACUAAUGUCCAGGAAAUAAAGUGGAUGGCUUGCCUUAACAGAGGUUACUUUGUGCACAUUCACUCUGUGGAGGAGGUGCAGCAGCAGGUGUUGAAGUACAUCAACGUGAUCGCUCGCCCCAUGAUUUUGGCCGGGGAAGAUCCUCCUCCCACCUGGACUCACGCUGAUAUCGAUUACACGAGGACUGUGAAAUGGGACGUGAGUGGAGACGUCAAGAAGCCCGACGAAGAUAAAUUGGUAGCAUCUGUUGCCAUACCAGCCUUCGACUAUAGGAAUAAUAAAUUAUACAACAACGCUAGACUACUUGGAGUUGCCGGCACGGACGUUCCCAUUGAUAGUAUAGCAAAACUAGCUCAGCCACAUCAAUUAGGUGUUAAUGGCUAUUCAUUUAUCGUGAGCAAUAACGGCUACCUGCUGCUACAUCCAUCGCUCAUAGCAACGAUAAACGAUGAACUCCAAGAGAACUAUAAUAGCGUAGAUUUCGUCGAAGUGGAACAGGUCGACGACGGGAAAGGUCCGAGAGAGUUGGGAGAGAAAAUUAAAAAUCUUAGAAAGAACUUGGUCAAUGGAACUGACGGCAGUAUGACAAAUGUCGAAGUACUUUUUCAUUACGAUAAUAUGAGGAGAAUAGCUCGAGUAAAACACGACUAUUUCUUCAAUAAAUUAGAGGGCACGCCGUUUGCUAUGGGAAUUUCAUUACCCAUGGGCUAUGGCGAUACGGAACUCAUGCUGAAAGACAAUCCUUUGGAGGCUAAGCAAGGUCAAGAGCUUCUCGGGGUCAAUGUCACGACUUAUUUCAAUUUCAAUUACAGGGUUCACCCUGAUUGGGUUUAUUGUAAAUAUCAUUACUUAGAAGGACAUGAAUCGGAUAACGCGGAGGAAGAAAUCUUCAAGUUUCUUGUAAAUUUAUCAAAGAAUGAAAUAGAUAUCACUAAAAAGCAAUAUGACGAAGAAACACAAAGUCUUCCAUUUAAUUACGAAACACAUUGCGGGACUACACCAUUAGGUAAGGAUGAUUACUAUUGCAACGAAGAUUUAGUCAAACAAUUAGUGUUUGAUGCUAAACUAUCGACUCCAUACUUUAGAAGUUGGGACGCCACUCAAGAGGAACGAGACUUGGCUCAGAAGUACAAUGUUAGCGUCCGUUUUAUUGCCACAUCCAGCGGCCUGACCCGCUGGCACUAUGUGUUCGAAGAUCAUAAAAACGAAUGGGUCGAUGAAUUUGGCAAUAGAGCAAAAAAAUACCAAGACAACGUCUUCGGGGAUGAUUACUAUAACGCCAUAGAGGAAACCUGGUACAAAGCUGCUGUUUUGCAGCACAUGAUCGAUAAGGAGUCGCUGGUUAUAGCCACAGACCUGUUGAUACUCGAUGACACUAUAAACAACAGGCCGGAGACGAUUGAGAACAGUGACGGUGACAUCACCGUAACGGCCAGCUACGCCAUAUUUUAUAAAGAUGGCAACUCUGAAACUCCGGCCGCGGUCGUUGGAUUCCAGUUUUUAUAUUCCAGUUUAUUUGAUGUCUUUAAAAAUAUUACAAGAUCCAGUCAGGAAAUAACAUGUGGCGAUGGAUACGACUGCUACGUGAUAGACAGUUCAGGUUACAUAGUCGUUACAAUGGAACAUCAGAAACAAAAACAGGCAAAAGUUGGAGACUUUUUCGGAGCUAUUCAAAAGGAGGUUAUGCAAAAGUUCAUAGAUAACAAGAUAUUCGACCAUGUUGAAGUCUUCAACUACCAAGCGUUAUGUCCAUUGUCUAUGAUCAAGGAACCUAAUUGCGCCCUAUCAUUGAAUACGCCUUUUAGCAUAGUGACUACUUUUAUGAAGUGGUUAGUAAUGGAAGGCCUCAUAAUGAUGUUUAACAUUUUUAACUUCAGUGAAUAUGCAUAUUCAGCCACUGUUAUAGAUACUUAUGACAGUUAUGUUGAUGACUACACUACCUCAGAGUCGAAUCCAUAUACAGACCCAACAACUAGCACUGAACCUCCACCAAAGGAUACUACGAAAGACAAAGAGAAGCUAUUCUCUUGCGAUCAUCGCAUCACCCUGUAUAUAUUGAACCAGUCCUACUUCUUAGGCAAUAUGGGUCUUUAUCAAGUGGUAUCAGAGGAGGAGCACGGUGAUUGCCAUCCGCCUUAUUGGGCAUCAUUGGUUACGAAAACUAAUAUGUUACUAGUGGUGGUGCAAGCGGGACCUUGGGAAUACAAGGAUAAUUGCGUGAAACCAAUGGACACGAAGCCAGAACCGACAGCGGAUUCCACAACGAGUCGCGAGCCGUGUCAUAAGCUGGAUUUAGGGAGAUUAACUCGACGUCGUCUACAGGGGUGUUUUACGUACCACGAUAAGGAAGCGGACAUAAACGAAUGCGGUAUUGGAAGUCACACAAGGGCAAAUACCGUCACGUUAAUGUGCACAGUUUUAUUAAGUGUUUAUUUUCAAAGAUUUUUUUCGUGAUGUUUUUAAAAUGUAAAUUUUGUAGCGUCCUAUAGAUUUUUACCUUACUUUGUAUUUUCACAAUAAAAAUUAUUUAUUCUUGA